AUGGCCGUGAGGUCACCUCCCUCUUCAACGGAGUACCUCGACUGGUUUGAAGUGGAGAUCACAUUCUCCAGAGAAGAUCACCCACCCUGCAUCCCACAACCGGGAAACGCAGCACUGGUGCUCGACACACAGAUCGGGGGCUACAUGUUAAACAAAGUGUUCAUCAACGACGGAAGUGGGCUAAACAUUAUCUACGCCGACACCCUACGAAAGAUGAACUGCUCAACAACAAAGCUGGCUGCCACAAAGACAACCUUCCAUGGGAUCAUCCUAGGAAAAGCAGCCAAAGUUAACCUUGACGUGGUGUUCGGCACACCCGACAACUUCAGACGCGAACGACUCGACUUCGAAGUGGUCGACUGGCCAUCCCAGUACCACGUGGUCCUGAGUCGCGUCGCGCUACCACGCUUUAUGGUAGUCCUGCAUUACGCUUACCUUAAGCUCAAAAUGCCUGGACCCAACGGCGUGAUAACUAUCUCUGGAAGAUUCCUGUGGUCCGACCACUGCGAUCAUGAAUUCCAUAAAAUUUCCGAGUCACUUGCCGCGCAUGACCAGGCUGGCCAGGCCUACUUCUUAACAGACGACGACCAAAAUUCCGUCCUUAAGAAAAGAACCAUUGAGACCACAGGCAGUGUAGACUUGAAGACAGAGGAAGCACAAGCCUCUUCAUCAAAGGAGACCAAUGUUGGCUCAGCCAGCAGCCCUAUCAACUAA